AUGGGUCCUAACAGCAAAUGCCGGGCCAAUGCCAUACGAAGGGCGAAGCCACGGAGGGUCCCGUGUCCCUCGUGCCCCAAAUCGUUCACUCGUACAGAGCACCUACAGAGACAUCUUGGAUCCCACGGCGUAGGGAAAGCUGUAAGAUGCCCCGAAUGUGGAAAGGAGUUCAUGCGCAAGGAUGUGAUGAAACGCCACCUCGCCAAAUGCCAACUCAAACCGCGGACAAUGUCUAUGGGAGAAGCAGGAACUACCACGACUGGUACACUAAAUGGAAUCAAUAAUCUACCAACUAGGAAACAUAGCCGAAGGUCUGAGGGGAGCCACCCACAGUUGAUAGCCCAGGAAAAUGACCCUGAAGGAACGGAAGCCAGUCAGUCAUGUAUUCUUCCUGACAAUUCCUUGGCUGAGCUCCGGUGGAGUGAUAGCCAGUUCGAAGACAUACAAUUGCUGCUUGACCCGAUGCUGUUUGAUCGAGUGGAGCACAACCACUGCCUGCAAUUGCCGUCUGCUAUUGGUGUUCCAUGCAUUGACAUUGAUCCGGCUGACACAUUCAGUUUCCUCGCCCGAAUUUCCAGCCAGGAGAGUGCUUCGCUGCAGAGUCGUUAUGACUGUGGCGCAUUACUAAGGAAAGGGUGGGAAGGAUCCAGGGUGACCGAUGGUACUGCUGGGAGACAGGGAGCACUACCACCGACAGAUCUUCCCUGUUCUCUCACUGAUCCCUCGUCUAGCGCAUACCAAAUCGUGCAUCAAAUCCGAAACCUUUCCCAGCACUCCAGAAUUAUGCAUACAUGGUCUCCACAACUCGAGAAGGACUGUAUUCGCUUCUUCAGUCCCAAGAACAUCGAGAGAUUCAUCAAGGUUUACUGGACAGCGUGGCACCCUCAUUACCCAGUUAUUCACAAGGCAACAUUUUCCAUCAGCAGUGCCCCCGCGCACCUUACAGCGGCCAUGGCCGUCAUGGGGGCAUGUUUCUCGCAAAACACAAACGAUAAUCACAGUGCGAAGCUAUGGCUCAAUGGUGUGGAAGAGAUGGUCUUCACUAACAAAUAUUUUGGAGACCUUAUGCUGCAGGAUCCGGCCACCGUGAACAUUCGUGAUGUCGUACAGCUCCUCCAGGCAGCAUAUUGUGUCUGUACUUUCCAAAUCACCGAAGGAAGUCACAUUAGCCGGCGGAGGACUCGGCGUCAACGUUUUAGUAUGCUCGUUUCACUCGCUAGAGACUUGAACCUCUUCAGUAUCACACACAGAAAUCUUGACUCGGUACGGGGAGGUGACUUCUGUUGGGACACUUUUAUUGCAACCGAGGAAUGCAUUCGCACUAUGUUAUUCAUAUAUAUACAUGACACUGGGUUUGCAAUCUUCAGCAAUUACCCACCCCGCAUGAGAAUCCAAGAAAUGUCAUUGAGCAUGGCAUGCCCUGAGGCUUGCUUCCAAGCGCAGACCGCAGCAGAGUGCCUCACGGCGAUUCGAACGUGGACGGGACAUCAACUAUGGGGUUGCAGAAGGACAAUGCGUGAGAUUGUGCAGGUCAUGUUCUGUAGAGAUAUUAACCUCGAUAUACGCGAGUACAUCUCCCACCUGGGAAUACUGAACCUUUGGAUUGUGUGCUCCGCACUUUGUGCCGAGGCAUUUCAGAUCAACUCACUUAUCAGCGUCGACACACAACUCCAGCCUAUACGGAGAGCGAUCCACAACUGGAAACUAGCCUGGAACCAGCGAUUCACGAUUCACGAUAGUUUUGGCUUACCAAAGGAGGAGGAUAAUAUCUUGAAUGCUUCCGAAUAUUGGUUACUGCUAAACAUCCUCAUUCGAAGGAUUGACGAACAGCAGCAAGCCCGACAUGAUCAGUCGGUUCAAUCCGAUGUUGAACUCGCUGCCCUGGCUAUUGACAGGCCAUAUACGCCGUCGAGAUGUGAUUCACCCCCAAUGGCAGAUCUGAAGCAUCUUAUAUCAGAACAUCAUCGACAAUUCAAGCCGUAUGCAUGACUCCGGGACAGUGUUCAUGACCUUGAGUAGCGU